CACAUCCAAGCUCCCAAGCUAAAUUUGAUAAAUUACCUAAAUGAGCAGUAGCACUACAGCUGAUUUAAUCUAUAAUUCAGUCAAUUGGAAACCUUGAACUGGGACUGUUGUCACUAUAUGGUAACUUCAUGUAAAACAAAAAAAAUAGGUUGUUAUAUAUCCAGAUAACAACCUAAAUAUUUUUUUUAACAAAAAAGGGCUAACUGUUUUUAUCUAAAUCAGCUUUCAGCUAAUGACUUUCUAACUGUGUGUUUUAUUGGAGUGACAGCCGAUUUGGGUUUUUCUGCACGAGAAAUAUUUAGUUGUCUUUUCUUCAGCCAGCUGUCAAACAUUGCACAGCAACAGGUGGCCAAAAGGCAACGCUUUUUACUGAGUACUAUAGUCCGAACAGCUGAAGAACUUUGCUGUCAAACCAGUCUUUUCUCCAGCACCUUAAUAUCCCAUUAGAAAGACUUUAAACUGGCUGCAGAAUGCUAAUAGUUUUCACUUGGUUUUGAACCAGAGUGUUUGGAAACAAGAUUGUCGUGUGCAGCUUUGCUUAAGGUAUUAUGAAAGCUUCUGGGCCUCAUAGAUUCCUACAAACUAGUGUUAUAUCACUUUUAUGUUUCAGUAUUCUUUACUUAUAUGUGAUUGGUUGGAGCUGGCUGAAAGUUAAAGUCUCUCCUGUUUUGAUUGAAUUAUUUAUUUUUAUAUUUCUCAGUAUUUUCGGCACAGUGCUUGCGUUACACUCCAGACUUGUUGCACCUCUGGCUUGUCGCGAUGGCAUCUUAUUUCCAUCCUCAUGUUACGUCUGUGACUGUAGUUAUCUGUGGGGCCCUUAGGGGUACAGCAUGUGCUCUGAGUACCCACAACAUCCCUCUUCAGAAGAGCUUGUGUUGCUCUCACACAGCGUACAAUUACCAUCCUGUUAAACUCUUGUUUGUUGGGGUUACUGACGGUGUUGGACGUAUGGGUUUCUGAGCGAUUUCUUGCCUCCUGAAUGUGUUUUAAUGUUUGCAUCUCGCUGUUUGUUUUCAUUCUUGUGUCUCGGUGUGUUUGUGCGUUGGUUUCUGCUUUGCCUGGUCUGAUGCCGCUUGUCUCUGACCACCCCUGUCCCGUGUCUGCGCAGCAUAAGCUGAAGUCUUCACAGAGGGACAAGGUACGGCAGUUCAUGUCCUUCACACAGGCUGGGGAGAAGACGGCCGUGUACUGCCUCACGCAAAAUGACUGGAAACUAGAAGUUGCGACGGACAACUAUUUUCAAAAUCCAGAGCUUUACUGUAAGGAAUCCAUGAAAACCUCGGUGGACCGGAAAAAGCUGGAGCAGCUCUACAAUCGUUACAAAGAUCCCCAGGAUGAAAAUAAGAUCGGCAUUGAUGGGAUCCAGCAGUUUUGUGACGACCUCUCGUUGGACCCGGCCAGCAUCACCGUGCUGGUCGUUGCGUGGAAGUUUCACGCCGCCACUCAGUGCGAAUUCACCAAGAAGGAGUUCAUGGAUGGAAUGACAGAACUGGGGUGCGACAGUCCAGAAAAACUGAAAGCCCUUUUGCCAAGAUUAGAGCAGGAGCUAAAAGACAGCGGGAAGUUCAAAGACUUCUAUCAGUUCACUUUUAACUUUGCCAAAAAUCCUGGACAGAAAGGUCUUGAUUUGGAGAUGGCUGUAGCCUACUGGAACCUGGUUCUGUCAGGACGUUUUAAGUUCCUUGAUCUUUGGAAUAGAUUUCUUUUGGAACAUCAUAAACGAUCCAUCCCAAAGGACACGUGGAACUUAUUGUUGGACUUUGGUAACAUGAUUGCAGAUGACAUGUCUAACUAUGAUGAGGAAGGUGCAUGGCCGGUCCUUAUAGAUGAUUUUGUGGAAUUCGCUCGACCAAUUGUUACAGGAUCCAAACGUAAAACUCUCUAAAUCCGAUCCCAACCCUGGAAAGCCAGAACAUUGUUUCUUUUACAGCGACAUCAUAGUUUUUUUUAAGACUUGUACAAAAAGAAAAGUGGAAAAACUGUAGACUUCAGAAGAGAAAACGGAAGCACUUGAAGCCGUCUUUCAGGGAGCUGAGUUGAGAAACAACUGGCCACAUUUUCGGUCUCCUCGAGACUGAGGCGCCGUACGGACAUCGCCAGUGUCUCAGCGUCCCGGAGGUUCCCUCCGCUCUGCUCCGGGAGGAGCGCCACAGCCUCACCACUGGGCCAACGAGGACGCGGCACCGAGACGAGGUUCACCCGCUGUGCGUUCUUUAAACGGACAGGACAGAAGAGAGCUGUGUGCUUUAAGAUUCUUCCAGGUCAUCUUUGUUUUGGUAUUUGAAGCUCUGCGUGACUGUGCAAACAUCCCAUGUCUUAACUCCAGCUUUGGGACAGAGUGCUCGCGACACCAGCACCAACAGAACUGUUGCAGUUUUUAACUGUACAUACUGUAUCUAAUGGGACAGAUAACAAAGAGAGCUAUAAGAAGAAUAAUAUAAUUAUGUUCAAUUUAUAAAUGCAAAAAGAUGAUUGUUUUAUGUACAGUAAAUGCUCAGAUCUCUAAACGGUGAUGCCUCAAUAUUACGGAUAAUAAUGCUGUUGGUUUAGUUGUUCGGUGGAUGUCCAGUCAUGGCGUUGUGAGCUCAUUGAAAGCAUGUUCUAAAAUCAUUUUGCGUCACUUCAGGCUGGUUUCAGAAAUAAAGUUUCACUAAAGUAAAGGCAGUGCUUUAAUUUAGAUAACUGAUACUCGUUCAUUUGUCUGAAUAAUUUCGGUUCCGAGUGGUCGUACGUAGGCAUGGGCCGGGUGUCGAGGCGUAACGAGAUUCUGAAAUGUUUCAGGUUCAAAACUUUAUGUCUGCAAUUUAUUUUUCAUUGUUAUUUUGUAAAGACAUUUGAGGUGCCAGAAAAAGUAUCCAAGUGAGGAGUUUUCUCCAGGUGUGUCCAACACAAAUUAAUGUAGACUGGCCCCUCUCCCACCUGUUGCUGAACACUACUUAGCAGCAGGCUAAAAAAGAAUUAAAAAGUCUGUUCCUUAUUUCUAAUGCUUAGAAAGACUAAUUCUACUGCUUUUAAGUAUUUGUACAAAACAUAUGUUUACAUAUAUAUAGCACACACACUGCAGUGUAGCCCCUCCCCCACCUUUUUCUGGGCAAUUGUCUCAUCUAGCUAAAGAAAAGCCUGCUGCAUUUUUCUCAUGCUUUACAAAAAGCAUAAUUUGACCAUCUGCAAAUAUUUCUGGUCUCGAAAAACGUAGAGUAAUGCAGUCUUUGGCCAUGCUCGCCUCCCCACAAUGUUACUGCACACUGCUGGUCAGAUGGCUAAAAAAAAGGCAAUUUUAUUAUUAUUAUUUUUUAUCUUACAGAAAAAUACUAAUUUGUGGCAAAAGUUUGGGUUGCAAAUUAUAUAUUUGGGGUAAAGCAAAUCCCAAUUCUGUUGCUGAGCACUGCUGGUCAGUUGGCUAAAAAAAUUCAACUACAUUUUAUUCAUGCGGACAUUAAAAUACCAAUGUGACUGUUUUCCCUACUUGAAAUAUUCUCAGUCGUAGGCGAGCUCAAGAUGUUUUCAAACUACACCUGGCAAACACUGCAGGGAUUGUUUGGAAUAAAAGCAAGUAGAACAUCUCAAAUCUUCAGUUUUAAAUUUGUACUAAAACCGUUACGACUUCACUCAAUAAUAAAUAAAAAUACUGUGAGAAUCUCAUACCGGCCCAUGCCUACUUGUAAAUAUAAUGUAGUCUGAUUUUUUCCACUGUUUCUUUAAGAAAAACAGAAACCAGUCUUGGAAAGACUUCUUUAAGAUUAUUUUUAACAGACGACCCCGACUGUAGUCUUUGUCACUCUAAAACCUAAUUUUCAAACUUUACAGUUAAGAAACGCUCAACCUGUAGGAUUGCAUGACAUAAAUCUGUGUUUUGGCAGCGAGGAGUUUUUUUUUUUUUUUCUUUUCUUCAGAAGUUGAGAAAGCGACGACAGGACAACAGAGUAAGCCUUAAGAGUAAAUGCCUGUCUGAUCUUUCUGUACCUGUCCCAAACGAUCUGUUUCAGCGUUACUGCAGGUAGUGAACAUCAGACUGUGUUGUCGAUGCAUCGUUUUUGUAGCCUAAGUAUAUCGCUCAUCUCAGAGAGUAUAAAGCAUGAGUUUUCCCAUAAUCCUAGAUGUAUUUAGCUUAUUUGUUUGACGAGACUCAUCAUGGAAAUGUCCCAGAAUACAGCUGUGCAGCAAAGUAUAAAGCAGAAAUAUGGUGAUGCAGUUGUGAAAAGUAUUUAAUUUUUUAAAAAUUAUUAUUUGCCAUGAGCCAGAUGAGCUUGUCCAUUAACCAAACUCACGUUGCAGGACACCUUGUGCCACUGGUCUGCGGUAGAAGAAGACAACCAUGUGUCUUAAACUAGAGCUCAUUUGUUCUUGAUGUUUUGAUGAAGUUGCUGCUUGUCCUCUUUGUGUCUUUUUUUUUUCUUAUAAGAGCUGGGUGAUGCUUUAUUUUAUUCUUAAAUAAAAUGUAUAUUGGGCACUAUAAUUUAUUGGGAAGCUAUGACUGCCUUAAAGGAGCUGCUCUAUUAAUUUGUAUAAAUAUGGGUUAAAAUAUUGA